AUGUCGCAAAAUACUGCGCGUUAUAGAGAAGUCCUCUGCGACUUCAUGAAUAUUUAUAGAAAUGAGCAAUGUUUGUGGCAAAUAAAAAAUAAAUUGUACCACAGCAGAGACAAGAGAAAUGCGGCUCUAGAUAAACUAGUUGCGAAGUACAAAGAAGUGGAAGAAAGCGCAGACCGUGAAACGGUUUUAAAAAAAUUAAUUCGUUGA